AUGGAGUCUUCAUCAAUCGACGAGCUUCCUUCCGCCGCCGCCCAGCUUCCCUCCGGUAACAUUCCCGCUCCCGUCGAACCAAUUCAAUCGUCCGAUUCAAAUCCCACCGACGACGUUCCAAUGGCGUCAUCAUCAAUCGACGAGCUUCCUUUCACCGCCGAUAUCACUCCCACAGUCGCUCCCGUCGAGCCAAUCUCAUCGUCCGAUCCAAAUCCAACGGACGAGGUCGAAUCCGUAGGGGAGAAACGGAAGCGCGCCGACGAUGAGAAGACCAAUCCGGAAUCAUCGGACCCGAAUCCUACUCCAUCGCCGUGGUUUAAGACGAGUCUCUGCUCAUACUUCAGGCGCGAGGCUAGUUGCAGCCAUGGAAGCGCGUGCAGGUACGCUCACGGCGAGAAAGAGCUCCGGCAGAAGCCUGAUAACACGUGGGACCCGACUUCCGAGCGCGGCAAGAAGGCGAAGAUGUCGGAGAACGCCGGGAAAUCGGCGGAGGAUGAGGAAGAAAACGGCGAGGUUCUGUUCACGGAGGAGAUGAUGGACGAAGAGUGUGGAGAGAAUAGUGUUCAUGAUCUCUCGCUAAGUAAAUGCUUAGUUCAUUUACCCACAAAAUGGCAAUCUGAUGAUUUGAAGAAGUUUGUCAAAGAGCAGGGAGUUGAGUUUAAGUUUGCGAAGAAAAGAAGAGGAAUGAUGGUUGGUUUCUUGACAUUUGAGAACGCAGAACAAUUGCAGAGCGGCGUGGAGAUCUUGGAAGGAAAAGCUGUGAAUAGCAAGACUUUAAAGAUCGCUGAUGUCCUUCCUCGUUCAAGCGACAAGAACAACAACGGAACGAAAAACCCUGCGGCUAAAAUCAAGAGUGCUCGUGAAGCUGUGACUCCAUUGGCUGACUUGUCUUAUCCUGAACAGCUUGAACAGAAAAAGGCUUCCAUCAUGCAAACGCUGAAAAAACUUACGAGGAAUGCUCGUAAAGCUUGUCCAAAUGGAAAAUCACUUCCUGAAUGGGUUCUUCAGUCCAGAGAAAUAGGUGGUCUUGCGUGUAAGCUAGAGGGGAUUAUAGAAUCACCGAUAACGCAUGGUUACAGGAACAAGUGUGAGUUCUCGACUGGAUAUUCCGUUGAUGGGAAGCUAACUGUUGGAUUCAUGCUCGGAAACUUUAGUGCGGGCGUGACAGCAGUGGAGGAAGCUGUGGAUUGUCCCAACAUCUCUAAACUAGCUUGCAGAUACGCUUCAAUCUUUCAGAGCUUCUUAGAGAAAUCAAAGCUUCCGGUUUGGAACAGGUUUAAAAGCUGUGGCUUCUGGCGACAGUUGACGGUUCGAGAAGGGAGAAGACCUGGUGUGUUUUCGAACGACGAAGACGUCGAUAAAAGAAUCGCAGAGGUUAUGCUUAUGGUUCAGGUUUGUACAACUGGCUCUGAUGAGGCGGAAGUAGCCACCGAGUUUGAUGAAAUGGCGAAAGCGUUUGCUCAUGGAGCUAGAGAAACCUCUCCUCCUCUUCCUCUUACUGUAUUAGUUGUUCAGGAUCACGUAGGAAUAUCAAACGUUGCACCACCAGAUUGUCCAAUACGAAUGCUUCCUAUUCCAAACCAGGACCAAUCCACUACUAAUGUAUUGACGGAAGAAGCUCGGAUUCACGACCAUAUCAACAACCUUCGUUUCAGCAUUUCCCCAACAGCAUUCUUUCAGGUUAAUACCAGCGCCGCAGAGAAGUUGUAUUCGCUAGCUGGUGACUGGGCUGACCUCGGUCCAGACACUUUGCUCUUCGACGUAUGCUGUGGAACCGGAACGAUCGGUCUAACACUUGCGCAUCGUGUUGGUAUGGUGAUUGGCAUUGAGAUGAAUGCCUCCGCUGUCUCAGACGCUGAACGUAACGCAAAGAUCAACGGCAUUAGCAACUGCAAGUUCAUCUGCUCAAAGGCAGAGGAUGUUAUGAGCUCUCUACUCACACAGUACCUAGACGCGCCUCAAACGGAAGAAGCCAAGCCUGAAACGUCAAACAUUCAAGAACAAGAAGAUGAAACCAAGAAACCACCACAGUUCAAGAACGUGGUUGCGAUAGUGGAUCCGCCACGUCCCGGACUUCAUCCGGAUGUGAUCAAAGCGCUAAGAACUCAUCCGCGGUUGAAGACGCUAGUGUACAUUUCAUGCAACCCCGAGACGCUAGCGGCGAACGCGAUAGAGCUCUGCACGCCGUCAUUCGAGAACGUAGAUCAAGGAGGGAAGCAGAGUUACCACCAGAGACAGAGGAGGAUGGGGACUAGCGCUUUGGCUAGACACAGAGCCAAGAAAAUGCCAGCUUCCGAGCCUUUUAAACCUGUCAAAGCCAUGGCCGUUGACCUUUUCCCUCACACUGAUCACUGCGAAAUGGUCAUGCUCCUCAAUAGGUAA